AGAGCGCGGGCGCCCGCCUACUCUCUCCCCGACGGCGAAACCUUCCAGUCCCUGUUCCCCUCGACGGCUACGCGCUCGGCCGAGGCAGAGGCCCCCACGCGGCAGGGGCGCUUCUGGCGUGGCGCCCCGAGCCGCGGCCACCUGCCUGCCCGGAUUCCAUCGCCCCACCUCAGUGCUCGCGCGCGCGGCGCGAGUGCGGCGCGAAUCCGAUCCCCCCGUAUAAGAAGAGGCGGGGGUGAGUGGGCGGAUGGGAACGCGGCCCGGCUCGCGAAACCGAAUCCUCCCUCCUCCUCCUCCUCCGGGAACUGCUUCGGAAUCGGUUCAUCCGGUGUUGAGCAGACGUUCUGAAACUAAGAGAGAUUGCCUGUGACUGGUGUCGAGAGAUUCAUCCUUGCCGGUAGGUCGGCAACGCAACCAUGGAAGAAGGGAAAGACAAGAAUAACACCACCGAGAAGGGGCUGUUCUCAAACAUGAUGCAUGGGUAUCCACCUCAUGGAGGAUAUGGAUACCCUCCUCAAGGUUACCCGCCACCAGGGGUCCCCUACCCUGCUCCCGGGGCGUAUCCUCCUCCACCGCAAUAUGGGUACCCUCAGCCGGGUGGCUACCCACCUCACGGUGGAUAUCCCCCCGUCGGCUACCCUGGCUACGGGGGUGGCCACGGAGGCCAUGGCUAUGGCGGCGGGCACAUGGGCUACGGAGGCGGCUACAACGGCGGCGGCCAUGCUCUCGGGCACCACCAUGGAGGCCACGGCUACGGCCAUUAUGGUCACGGAGGCCAUGGCUACGGGCACCACGGUCCCGGACACUACCACGGCGGGCACGGCUGGGGGCACCAUGGCCAUGGAUAUCACCACCACCACCACCACGGCAAGCACGGUUACGGCAAGUUCAAGAAGUGCAAGUGAUUUGCGUCCGCACACGGUGAUUGCGCCUCAUCAACUAUCUUAAGUAAGCUUGGUUCCAGAAAUACUCGCGCGGCUGGGAAGAGCGCUAGCAUGUCUCCCGUGAGACUGAUGAUGCAAUGCACCUGUACUGUUACUGGAUACACCACAUAAUUUGGUGCUCCAGAUAAUAAGGUCUGCUAAUAAGUAGCGGAAUCACAUACCAGUCAUUUGCUGCAGUUCAGAUGUUCUCUUUUGUCCACA